AUGGAAGCCUUGAUCCAAGCUCGCCAAGAGCAAUAUGGUUCAUCAUCGGUGCCAUUAUAUGGCACUACGACACGCGAUUCUAGCACCACAGCACCAACAUCGCCAACUCUGACUACCCCGGGAUCCUCAACAGCUCUGUCGUCUCAAACCACGUCGGCAAGUGUGGUAAAUUCCUCCUCGUCCAGCACUCCUACCAGCACCGCAUCCAGCCUGCCCUCGCACAGCAACGGCGUCAGUAAAGGUGCUCUGGCAGGGGCAAUCGUUGGAUCCAUUGCCGGGACUGCUAUUCUGGCCAUUAUUGGUGCUGCACUUUUCUUUCGCUCAAGGAGAAAAAGCACACCCCAGUCUAGCAGUUCUGGUGACUCCGAUCGAGACGGCGUGGAGUUGGUGAAACCGCGGGCCAGGGUUCAAGCUCUAUCGGGUUCCUCCCCCAUUUCCCCAACAGGAGGUCACAACUCACAGCUCGAUUUGAUCCCCUUCAUCCCGCAGCCAGCCGACGACCAGACUGUUAGCACACGCAUACAGACUCUCUUCGACCACAUCGGCCUUCAUGUCGACAAUUACUACGUGCCCGCAAGAUAUGAGAGCAUAUCACCAACUCCAGAGGAAGCUUUUCGCAUAGAAAGCUAUACUUCUUCCUCGGUGACUGGAUCCUUGACAGCCGCUUUGGCUAGCCGCCGCGCCCGUCGACCUGUUCUGAAUCAUGUCUUGGCUCGACACAUACUACAAGCUAUCCAACCUGGAGGAUCUCUGUAUCCUCCGUUUAUGGAGUCUCAUGGGGUUGAGCCGGGCUCGGCCGCCAAUUCGACGGGUGCCAUGUUCGCAUGGCGCAUGCUGACAACUCGCCUGCACGCCCAGUACCUGGACACAACAUCGGAAGCUGCACAAAAGAACAUUGCGACUCUCGCGGAGGGAUUUUCAGAAGUGUUUGGCCUAUACCGUAACCCCGAGCUCCCGGAUGCAGAUCGCAGGCAUCAUUUGGUUAGUGUUGUGAAAGAGGCAGCUCAACUGAGCGCAUGGCUAUUUACCCAGCCGUGCUCGUUCGAGUUUAGCUGGAGUGCGCCAUCUCCUGGCUCUAUUGUUAUCCUGCCGGCUGUGAUGAAAAUCAGUGACGAACGGGGGGAUAAACUGCCGGUUCCCCAGAAGAUGUAUCAUGAUCCUGAACGCCUCUCCCAUAUAAAGUACCAUAAAUCUAACUAUCUUUCCCCUUCGCCUGCCUCCAGCGUAGCAAAUCCCGCAUCUCAUCCCCAACAUCUGACCCCAGUCCUCCUCCUGUACUACCCUUCAUCCCCAAACUCACCUCCCCACCACCAACACCAGCAGCUCCCUCCCCUGGCAACUCCUGCACCUCCACCUCGACCCCCAUCUCCUCACCACCCCCUCUCCCUUCCAACUUCCCUCCCUCAUCACAACCCACCCCCAUCAACCUCUCCAAAACGACCAUCAAACUCGAAUAGCAAACCAGCAACCGUCCCCUCUGCACCUUCGCCCUCUGUCCAUCCCUGCACAGCCACUUUAACUGCGUCCCCAGACCCAUUGACACCCGUUUACUCCCCUUUUUACUGUGAUGAUGCUGAUUCCUGA